UUAUCGUUUCUGUUUUCGUCUUAAAAUCAGAUGUUCGCUGUCGAUUCUCAAUAUUAUAUUUCUCCAAGCAACAGCUUUCGCCCGCGAAUGUAUUUUCGAUAGUUUUUCUAUCUGUCUCUACCGUGGUUUAUUUACAUCCCACAUACUCUCUCAUACACAUCAGUGUUAAUGUGCCCCUUCUCUCAAAAUCCAUAGCUAUCCGAAUUUUAUACGUUGUAUCUGCCGACGUGUAACAGUCUUCUCUGUACUUUUGUGCGAAAUGUAUUGUUGCAUAUCUUAAUUCUUUCUAUUUUAUUAUCUGCAACGGUCAUUUAAUACAGUGUAUUUUUAUUCAUAAUUAUUAUGCUAAAAUUGGAUUUUUGCUAAAAUUUCUGAUUGACAAAAUAGCAUAAAAUGACUCUAGUGUGUGUUAUAUGCAGUGAUUUACUGAUAUCAUCCGAUGAUGAUAUUUUUAGUACACUAUGUGGACAUAUGUUCCACCACGGAUGUUUACUGCAAUGGCUUGAAAGGAUAAAGACUUGUCCACAAUGCCGUAAAAGAACAACAGAACUUGACAUACAUAAAAUAUAUUUUAAUUCUUCUAACAAUGAUAGCUUUGUGGAAGAUACAACAUUUUGCAAAAUAAACACAAUUGUAAUAAAAUCGGUGGAAAAUAUAACGAAUAAAUAUGAAGAGAUGACAAAACAAUUUUUAGAACAAUGGGAAAGUAAUUUAAGACAAACACUAUACAACAAUGUUGUCGAAAAUUGUGCUCUUCAAAGACUGAUCGAACAGCAUUGUAUAGAGACAGAUGAAUAUAAGAAAUAUACUAAACGAUUAAAGGAAAAAAUUAAAAAGUUACAAAAAGAGGCGACCAAUUUAAACAAGAAGCUUAGAGAGUUUAAACAAACGAUUAAUCAAUUACAGCAAAAAUUAAAGGAAUCUAACAAAAAGUGCAAAAUUCUUCAACAGCAAAGUGUAGAUAUAGAUAAAUGUAAAAAAAAAAUUACAAACAACUAGAGGAAAAAGUUGGACAUUUACAGAAAUAUGCUUUUUUCUAAGUUUAUUUUGUUAUA